UUGCGACCAAAAGGUCUGACCUGCCUACGUGUAUACCAAAACUUCACAUUCGCGACUGCCGGGGUCAAAGAUGUCAAUCAACUUUACGUGUUCCGCUUCUUGAUCUUCACCGAGAAGGAAGUCGAGCUCGCCCGCGCUAGAAUGCCUACCGAAGUCAAACCUUACACUGGAUUGUUCAAGUGGAAGGAUAUCAAGCGAUGGCACACGACGUGGCACGUCUACCUCUUCCCGCUAUUCUUUACGUUCCUUGCUCAACUAGGCCAGUCCGGAGGAUCAAUGAUCUUCUGGGUCAAGAGCUACAACGUGACUGGAAAGCCGCCACGAUUUUCCGUAGCAGAGAUCAACAUCAUCCCACUUGGAAUCAAUAUUAUUUCCAUUUUCGCCACUCUUGUCAACUCAUGGGUUUCGGACAGCUUGCCUGGAGCAGCUCGAUGGCCCGGUAUGUUGUUCGCCAGCACCAUGGCUAUCAUCUUUCCCAUUGCACUGGCAGCUACACCUGUGCAUCCAGCGAACAUUGCAACUCGAUGGGCAUUGUAUUACCUCACCGCACUUUCAAGCACAUGCGCCGGCAUCACAUGGACAUGGGUGAAUGAGACAAACCGGCACGACCCCGAAAAGCGGGCAUAUGUGUCUGCAAUGAUGAACGCGUUCGCCUACAUUUUCACGGCGUGGGUGCCCAUCUUCACUUUCCCUGCCAACCUUCAGCCUUUCAUCGUGACUGGCAACUACAUCACAGCUGGAUUCGGAGCAGCUGCCGCAGUGACUGUACUCGUCAUCCGACACUUUUACAAUCGAGAUCUGAAGACGCAAAGCGAGCUCAAAUUCUGA